CGUCUCCUGUAAUCCAGCUACUUGGAGGUCGGGUUCGGCGGAUGGUUUGAGGUCGGGAGUCCUGGUGGGGGGGCCGCCCGCGUCGACUGGGCGUCCGCACUAAACACGGCGUCAAUAUGGGCGUCCCGGGGGAACCCGCGGACGACCAGGUUGGCCAAGGAGGGGCGGACCGGGCCAGGGGGGAAACCCAGCAGCCAAAAGUCCCCGCGUCGUGUAGUAGUGGGAUCGCGCCCGGGAGCGGACACCCCUCGUCAGCCCGACCGAUAUAGCUAGACCCGAAUCUUUUUUUCAUUUUUUUUCGCGGGAUAUUUCGGGGUAAAAGUGAUUUUUAAUGUGAGGGUUUUUAUUUAUUGUUGAAAUUGUUUAGGAUAAUUGUUGUUAAAGUAAUGCGAGCAAGGAGAAGCUAAGGCGCAAGGCAGCACGGUUGCGCGCUUUGGGUUCUCACGUCGUUUACUAUCGUUCGAGGCCGAUAGAGAGGUAUCGUUAAAUAGCGACCACUAGAACUCCAUGAAACUACCAUUGCUCAAAAAAAACGAGCCCAAAACUAACCAUGAUCAACGGAUGACAUGCCAAAUUCAAAAUAUCCGAUCAUCAGGUGGCGUGGGGAAAAGUGUGCCACCAUCCAAUAAACGAAAGAAAACCCGUCUGUUGUUGGUAAUCGCGUUGAGCCGGUGAUCGAGAGAACGUCUUCUACUGAAUCGGUCGGUUAUGCCCUGAUUUCACACGACUUUCGACCAGUUUUGACAUGCGGCCCCGGCUCGUGUUCGUACGAAUUAGUACCGAUUUAACGAAAGUGUGACGUAUCUCCUUCGAUUAGUUGUUUUUUUUUUUUUUGCUACCGCACGGAACCAUGUCGAGAUUAGAAUGUCUACUAUUGACUUUUAUUGUUGUUUUUGCAAAUCGGGUCGUACGAGGAAGAAGUGAUAAUGUCACCGUACCGGUCGAUACUCUGGUGAACUUGACCAACCAUAAUGAACUGUGGACUAUGAUGUUAAAAGAAUGUGAAGAGCCUUCUCUGGUUUGUGUACAAAAUAACGUUUUUAGGUACCUCAAAAAGACUUUAGACGAAACCAAUGACCUACAGUUCACGAGUUUCCUAAAAUUCACCAAAAACCACUUGAACUACAAUAAAACCUCUCGCUCGUCCGAUGGUGACCAAGAGGAAUUUUGGCACCAAGACGAGUUCCCUAUAGAAUCAAUGUCCAGAUCACUACAGGAUGAAACGAGGAAGUUUCUGAUGACGCACGACGUGGAACUUUCGCUUCCCGAGACGUUUCUACCGAACAGUUUCCUCAGGAUCGCCCCCAAAGGGUUUGAGAACAACGGGGCUCUGGUCAACUUGGAAGUGGUGUCUCAGGACCUGGAGGAAUCUAGGGGGGUGGAGCAAGGAAGACUAUUUAAGAAACUUGCCAAGUUCAUCAAUGAAAAAAUUAUAUAUGCCGUCCUAGCGAUCUUGCUCGUAAUCAAGCUCCUGGCAGUGAAAUUCCUGUUUAUCCUGCCCCUAAUAGUGGGAGCAGCGACCGCCAAGAAACUCCUGCUGAAAAUCCUGUUGUUCGUUUUCCCAUUUUUGCAUCACGUGUUCAAGUUCUGCGCCUACUACCCCAUCCAAGCCAAGUUCCAUCAUCAUAAGCAUCUGAUUUCACAUAUACAUCAGAUUGCCCCACAUAAGCAUCAUGAACACCACGAAGAGUUUGAGGUGGGACCUCCUGGUUAUGAACAUCACGGUGAACAUUACGCUGAAUUCGACGAUGACGUCAGCGUGUUACCCGACGAUGGUGGUUUUGGACACGGCCUCAUAUCGCACCGCAAAGAUCCAAUUCACGAAAACGAAAUUUCAUCGUUAUACGGCGGCGUAGCGGCAAGUCGACGGAAACCACAUCGACCUUUAACAUCUAAGGAAAUUGAAAGGACUCUCGCUAAGGCGGAAAAGGAGGCUAUAAUUAAAGCCAGACUAGAGAAGGAACGACUGCGAAUCCGUGACGAAAACUUGAAGCUGCAAGAGGAGCUUAACCAAGCGCUAAAGCUCCAAGAGAAGCUGAAGCACCAAGCAAAUUACCUUAAAAAAGUCCCACACACGAAGAUUUCAGCUUCGAUUCCUUAUAAUCGUCACGGAAUUGGACCACCAUUGAGGACCAAUCCCUCUUCUUUUGACCCUGUACCUGGACCAGUGGGACAACAAGGUCCCGGCUUAGACUUACCAGCAGGCUACAUACCGCAGCACACAGUCCCUCAACGUCCCCCUCAGCAGUUCAACCCCCAGCCGGUUUCCCAAAACCAUUUUGAAAAUUCAUAUCAACAACCCAGUAAUAAGGUGCAUCAACAGAACGUUGAGGGGCCAGUUUACAGACCCGAUUCAGAGCCAAUCAGUUCCAAUAAAGUGACUCAAACUGAUUCUGCACAAAAACCAGUUGAUCCUAGAGUUAGUGUUUUUGAUAAUAGUGGUGAAGUUAAAAAUGUAGGUAAUGGUCUGAAGUAUAGUGCUCAGAUUACAGGGCAAAGUGGUGAAAAGACAAUAGUUGAACAACAGGCAAUCUAUGAGGCAGCUUCUAUAACCUACGAUCCAUUCUACAGCCCUAUGUUAAAAAAAAUCGACAACAUCCUACAGUCCUUGGGCUUCGUAGAGGAACCAUGUAAAGAAAGACUAAUUUGUAGCAUGUACAAGAGCCCAACUAAGUAUAGUCCACAUAGUAACUUGGUAUCAGCUGAACUAAGCCGUGAUUCUAGUGAACUUGCCAAACCUACUUCGACCAAUUCAGCCGUAAUAAGGUUCUACAAGUAUGUGCAAGCAGCUAGAGAUGGACAAGACCAAAGAGACUGCCUAAGACUAUAUCCGGCUUGUCAAAUUAACACCGAGAUAUCCUAAAUAUAGGUUCAAAUAGUAAAUGUUGCCCAUCAAUCAGGAACUAGAUAAGUUUAUAUAAAUGUAUGCCAAAUUAGUGUUUAUUUGUUAUAGUGGUAUGAUAAACAGGUGCCAAAAACUAUUACACUUAAUUUAUUUAUUUAUUUAUUUAUUUAUUAAUAGGUUAGUUUAUUAGAAAUGAUUGUAAAUAAAAUCAUUAAGGAACGAGUAAAAUCUAGUUAAAAAGUAGUUGAAUUAUUAGACAAACAUUUUGGUAGUGGUGUUGGGGUUUGUUAGGUCUUUCACGAUUUGUUUAAUAAUUCACCGGUGCAUUAUUUAUUAAGUUUUCUGCCAAAAUUUACUAUUAAAUAUAUUUUUUUUAAAUGUA